UUAGGUUAGUUUAGCAGUUACACUUCUUUGGGAGAGUGGAUGUAGCGCUGUGCAAGAACACCUGUUGUUGUUAACAUUCCUUCCUCUACUAACGUCAUUAACAGUGAUAGUGAAUGCGCCGGUGAACGUACGAACUUGAUAAUUGACGAUUUUUUUUUCAAAAAUAGUGCUCAAAAUUUUUUCCACGGAUUUUAUUGCAUUCAAAGUGUUGGGUGUCGGAGAAAAAGUGCUUGGCAUGACAGUACAGGACGAUCCGAAGGUCAUGCCUCAGACAGCAGCUACUAGAUCUCGAUUUAUGAUAACGGACAUCUUGAGUGGACCUGCUGAUGGGGCUGCGAUUAUCAGGGGGAGAUCUCCGAGUCCCGGUCCCAGGGACCUCUCUCUGCAUUCGAAUCCCAUACACGAUAGUGAUACGGAUAGCUCUGGACAUCCUGAUAACUCUAGUAUUUGUUCGAACGGUCAAAACGGUGACGAUUCCUUAUCUUCAAAAAACGGUGCAAUAAGUAAAAAGCAAAGAAAAGCGCGUACGGCUUUCACGGACCUUCAAUUACAAACGUUAGAAAAAAGUUUCGAACGACAGAAAUACCUCAGUGUACAAGAUAGGAUGGAAUUAGCGGCAAAACUUAGUUUAACAGAUACGCAAGUGAAAACGUGGUACCAAAACCGACGGACGAAAUGGAAACGACAAACGGCCGUUGGUCUAGAACUUUUAGCUGAAGCCGGUAACUACGCAGCGUUCCAAAGACUGUACGGUGCUCCCGCGUACGGCUGCUGGUACCCCCCACAAACAGCCGGUCCCACCGCAGCUCCCAGUGCGGCGGACCUCUACUACAGACAAGCAGCAGCUGCAGCUGCUGCCACCUUACAAAAACCACUACCAUACAGGCUCUAUCCACCCACCAUGGGAUUAGGAAUACCUGGACCAAGCGCACACAUAGGUUCUUUAGCAGCUAGCAGCUCGUUAAGUACGCUUAGCAGUUACUACUCGAGCCCGACGCCAGAAGGACCUUCACCGAGAUCUCCCAGUCCAGACACGCCGCUGGACCCGGGCUCCCCGGGCACGAUGGGCCGGAGGUCACCUUCGGAAGAUGAAGACACGAUUCAUGUCUGAAGAUGACCGCGCAAAAUUUAAAUUGUGAUAUAACGUGUACUAUAAUAGCUGAACUCUUGUUAAUUUAUUUUUUGGCGCUUUUCAGUGUUGUGUGGCUUCGCGAAUGUGACAUCCUUAUUGAGAAUUUAACAAAAAAAUAGAUCCUUUAAGGAAAUUAAACAAAAUAGAUAAAAAAAAAGGUCGAUAUGUGAUAUUAACUGCUCAGUAGCAGGAUAUUUUUUAUUUAGAUAUUAUGAAUAUAUUAAUCAAUUCGGGUUAAACUAGUACUAAUAAUAAUCAAUAAAUAGAGUCAUAGGCGUAACCAGGGGGGGUUUUGGGGGUUGUAACCCCCCCCAUUGGGAUGUACUUUGAGCUCUCUACGCUUAACACCAUAGCCCUCAGAGACCUUCCAGUAGUUGUAACCCCCCCUUUCAGGUAGUUGUAACCCCCCCCCUUAGGAUCAUCCUGGUUACGCCUAUGAAUAGAGUUGCAUAAAAAAGUUGCAUACUCGAUUUAUUCUUGCAAAAGUUAUAAAUGUUUAUUAAUUAUUUCUUAGUAAGCUGUUGACUGUGUUCAAUAAAAAAGAGCUAAAAGGAACUAAAAAGUUAAAGACGUUUUAUCGAUUCAUAUGGUCAAUUGCCCCCCAAAUAUGAAAAAAGCACGGAGUGCUACAAUUUAAAUUUUAUCUUUAGGCAUGUGCUUGAUGAAGCAGCAGAACAAUAUAGGAUAAGGACUAACAAAGAGCUCGAAGAACUAUACCCAGACGCCAACAUCACAAAAGAAAUAGUCCAGAAGACUGCAAUGGGUACGACACCUCAGAAUGACCAAAGAACAGUAUUGCUGGUAUGGGAGGAAGUCCCAACUGAAAGAACACCACGCGGAUGCCCUCAACUCCGGUGGCGAGAUAAUACAUACGAGUAUAACAUGAGACAUGUAAGCUAUGGACGUGGAGAACUGGAUGGAGAUUUCUCAAGACAGAGAAGAGUGGAGGCAUGUAGUCGAGUCUGCUAAAACCCACGGAGGCUUGUAACGCCACGGAGUAGGAGCAGAAGCUACCAUUUAAAUGGGUGCGUUUUUGAGAAAAAUUUAAAUGGGUGCGUUUUUGAGAAAAGAGUGAAUUAAUCUCUAUGCACUGGGGUGCAUUAGGAUGAAUUACAUGUAAGUACUAUUAUAGUACCUACACAUCUACAGAAAAGUUGUCUAAAAUUAAAUUUUACAUCGAAGUGUCACUUCUACGAAGCAAAAAACACUAAAGAAUAGGCUUUCACAGAAAAAAAAAACUAUGUAAGUUUCGUAGUUUUUAGGAUUUAUAGUUUUCGGGCAACGAUUUUUCAAAGUUUGCCACUCAUAAUUUUUAGGCCUAUAUUUUCCCUAUUUUUUCUCAAACAUUCUAUAACUGUUUUUACACCCUUUUAGGUAUACUUACGCAUUUUUACUUUUUUACUAACUUUUACGGAAUUUUUUUUAUUUCUAGUUAAACUUUUUUUCUAUUACAAUUAGCCCUUUUCUCAAAAACGUACCCGUUUAAAUAGUAGCACUCCGCGGUUUUUUCAUAUUUGGGGGUCCAUUGAACAUAUGAAACAAUAAAACACCUUUAACGUUAAGAGUUACGACCCUGGAUUAUUCAAUAUGUAACGGCAUAUAAAAGACUGUAACCAGUGUUUAUUAUAUUAAGAGCUUUUAGUUUUGUAGUUGUUACCAUAUUUUUCGAAAUUGUACGUUCUCAAAAUAAAUUUAUUACGAAAUUCACUUUUUUCCGCAUUCUGAUUUUCAAGUACUCUUUCGGCUCUGAUUUUCGUAAUUGGCGCAGUCAGUAGGAUUGUCACGGAAUUUUAAAUUGAAACGCCAAUAUGAUUUUCGUAAUUUUGUAAUUCCUCUCUAAAGUACAUAAUCAAUAGUGAUUAUCAGAUGAUCAAUUGUUGGCGUUGAUUUGCUAGAGAAUUUACUUACUUGUUCUGGCUGUUAUUGAAGAUGCGGUGUAGUUGGCGUUUAAAACUUUGACAAAUAAAAAUACUUGAUUACUGACCACUACUAUCACAAAUGGAUCUUUUUUGACAGUUUUAGCAAAAUUAUGUUCGUUUAAAUUGGCAAUAGGGGUGUUAAAUUCGCGGAGCUGUGUUGUGUAGAAUCCAAAGCAGAUUCUGAAUGGACGAAAUUUUGUAAUUAUUAGAGAAAAUGUCGUCGUCUAUUGUAUAAAAUGUUUUAAUCAGUGGCCAGUGUAAAUGAAGGAGAAUGUUCGAUAUUACUCAGCAUUUACUAAUUAAUAAAAAUUUUCGAUCUUAUUUUUAUUAAACGCGGUGAUUCUAAUAACCGUAGAAACAUUUAAUAAACCAAUUAGCAUAAACGAUUAAUUUUAAUGAAAAACUAGCUAUAUUAAAUACAGCUCAUUAAUUUAAUAAAUGUUUAAAGUAUUUCCUUGGGAGCGUUCAUGUUAAUGAGUAAUAUAUUACAAGUUUUUGCUUAAUAGACAAUAAUGAAUAACAAUAUUUAUGUUUUAAAAUUAUUAUGCCUUCAGCAACUAUGAUUUCUUAUACAGUGCUAGUCAAAAGUCCGUACCCCCCCUCGUAUCUUUUGAACGGUUAUACUUAUAAUAGUGAAAUUUGGAGGGAGGAAAUAAACGGAUUUAGGCGUCUUAACUAGUUAUGACAGGUGACGUAAUAAUGACAGAUGACGUUGCAGCGCCACCAUGACAGAUAAUUUUAAAUGGGACCUUAUGGCAAGUGAUACCUCGUAUGAAAGGUAUUGAAAAUACCUAUUCAGUCAUACUAAUUUUGUUUGAGUUUAAGCUAAGUUUGAUGAAUAAAUGAAAUAAUAGAAAAUUGUAGUUUCGCAUUUAAUUAAUAAAAAUUCAAACCUCCACCUAUGAUUACUUGUCAAAAGGGUUGACGUUGACGUAAAAACUAUUAGAGAACUGAAAAACGUGAACUUUUUUGACAAAAAAACCAUAGGCAGACAUUUGAAUUUUUAUUAAUUAAUCAAUUUUAUUAAUCAAUUUAUAUCCAAAAAAAUUAGUAUGACUGAAUAGGUAUUUUCAAUACCUUUCAAACGAGGUAUCACUUGCCAUAAGGUCUCAUUUAAAAUUAUCUGUCAUGGUGGCGCUGCAACGUCAUCUGUCACUAUUACGUCACCUGUCAUGACUAGUUAAGACGCCUACAUCCGUUUAUUUCCUCCCUCCAAAUUUCACUAUUAUAAGUAUAACCGUUCAAAAGAUUCGAGGGGGGUACGGACUUUUGACUAGCACUGUAUAUUGCUAUGUAUAAAAUUUUGUCUUCAGUUUAUAUUACUCCUUUAUUUAAGUUGUUUUCAGAACUGAUGUCUUCAUUCGCAAGGUUGUUUAGUGAGCUCCGAAAAUAACCUUGUUUGUCUUCAUUCAAAGGAUUAUUUAUUUGUUCUUAUUCUUCAUGUACCAUUUUGUUAUCCAUUCAGAACGUUGGUUAGCAUUUUAGCUAUGUAUGUUCAACCAUCAAGUAUUUCUUGGUCCUGGACUGCGUUUGCUUGUUAUUUUCCCUUGCAUAAUAUUUUGCAGAAACUUCUAUUUGGGACCUCUAAUUACAUGUGCGAAGUACUCCACCUUUCUCUUUUCGAUGCUUUUUAUAAUAUCAGUAGUCUUGCUAAGACAUACUAGUAUUUUGAGGUUUUGAAUCUUCUCCAUCCAAAAACUUUCAAAAUUCUCCUAUAGCACCACAGUUCGAAAGCUUCUAGGUGAUUUAGAUCACUUUUAUUCACAGUCCAAGACUCGGCACCCUAAAGUAAAACUGAGAACACGUAGCAGCGAAGUAUAUGGAUGCUCAAUGCCAAUUUUAGGUAUCUUUUACAUAAUACCUUGGACAUCCUUCUAAAUUCCCUGCUUAAUUCUGGAUUUAAUUUCACCGUGACUCUCUGCGUUACAAUUUAACUGAUAUCCAAGGUAAACAAUUUGAUCCACUGGCUCAAGAUUGGCACUAUAGAUGGUUUUUAUAUUCUGUUGUUUACUUAUUACGAGUAUUUUGGUUUUCCGUAUGUUCAAAUCCAGACCUGUUUCCUUAGACUUUUCUCAACGACACUGUUAAGUAAUGUCUACAGCUUUUCUUCACCUUUCACAAUAAAAUUAUUCCUUCUUGUUUUUCAGAAAAUGUAUUUUUGAAAAUCUAUUCGGCGUAAACCUUAAAAAACAGGUGCGACAAGAUAUAUCCCUAGCGUACUCCUCUUUUAAUAGUAUUAGCCUCUGAUUCCAAACCAUCUACUAAAACUGCAUAAGCAGCAUAGACUUUUGCUGUUCUGUUCUUAGAUACAGCCAUGAUACUACGACAACCAGGUUGUCGUAGUAUCAUGGAUAGAGCUAUGAACAACGAAUUGGAACAACUAUUCGGUAGGUGUCCGCUGGUAUACUAAAUUGUUUUAAGAAACGAAGCUAUAGCCUCUAAACCAUUGCUGUCAUUGAUAAUCUUGUAUAUUUCUUUUGAAAUGUCAUCAGGACCAGUAAGUUUGCCAUUUUUUGAAGAUUAUAUGGCUUGCAUCUUAUUGCAGAUACCAGCCGCUUUUUUCACUUUUUUAUAUAAUAUGUUAGACGUGUUGUAUGUAUCUAUUUUCCAGUUCUUCAAUUUCAUGGCACAAUUUUGCUAGGUGUUGACUGUCUGCUUCUCGUAUUUUACGUCGAAUUUCCUUUUUUAUAAUUUUAUAAAGCUUUUCGUUGUUUUUUUUUUCUUGUCGCCGUUGCUCUAUCAAGUCUAAUAAUAUCUAAUAUUUUAUUUCGAAAAAUUCAAAAUAGAAAUCAACAUGUUUCAGCUUUUCUUGGAAAUAUUUUUGUUAUAACAAUAAUAUGAACAAUAAUUUAUUUUAUAUCCUACAUAAACAAUGUAUAUUGUAAUUUGUAGUAAUAGAUUUUAUCAAACAAAAAAUAUAGAAUCUCUAAUUCAUGUUUAUUAAAAAAUUAAAAAAUAAAAUUAGAAAUGAUCGAAAAUUUUGGACACAAGUUUAUGCUGUGUAAUUGUAAUAAAAGAACGUUCGAUAUGUAUGUGUAGCCACAACUGUGUAUUAUAAAACCCGUACGGAGUACGCGUACUAAUUUGUAAAUGGUUUUAAAAUGAGAUUGCACUUUUGUUGUAAUCGGUACUUCUUUUCCUUUUCGAUUCUUUCGGCUCAAUGAGUAUGUUUAUUCAUGUUAAAAUUAGAAAAUAGAAAAUAAAGGAUUUUAAGUUUUUAUUACCA